AAAAUAUUUUACUUUGGGGAGCCCAGCACAAAGAAAGGGAAGAUGGCAUCUGUGUUCCAGAGUGUGGUGGGGUCUGCCGUCGGCUGGCGAAAUCACGAGAUCCUGCCUGAUCUAGAGGAGAGUCCGCUUCCGGACAGGUUCAGGAAGAAGUCUUCCCGCAACAUGACGGCCAUGCGCAUGUCUCUGCGGAAGCGGAUGCCUUUAAAAGAAGUGGAGGUGAACUUUGACGAGAAUCCGACCUGGGAGAGCCUGGAGGCCAAGGAGAAGAGACAGAACUUGCGGACGCUUACGAGGACAGCUAAGAACGCCUUUGGGACCGUGUCGCAGAAAAUCCAGAAAAGCUGUCAAGGCCCCACACAGUCACUAGUCUCCUCCUGGAACAAAACUUUUGUCGGUGGCGGCAGCAGCAGCAGGGGCUCUGCCAAAACCCAAAGCAGGCCGCCCCGGACCCCUCGCCGCAAGAGCAACAGGCUUGCCACUGUCUCGACCCCGACAUCUGACACCAGGAUAGUGUCUCCAUCCGGCAAGAGAUCCCCCUUUCAACCUGGCUCCUGCCGGCUUAAAAAAGAGCUCCUCCCUCUCCGAAGAUCCAUGAGGGCUGCAGCCUUGAGAAGCCCAUACGGUUCUCCUACAUCUGCCCGACAAAGGAGACAAUUUGAUUGCAACCUGGAGCUGGUCUCCACCGGCAUUCGCCAGUUGAAGCGUCUCUCUCGGGCCUUCAACGACAUCAUUGUCCAAGAAGAGAGAGAUCAAGCCAUUGUCAACUACUACCAGGUGAUGGCGCAGAACUUGCGGGCUGCCCAGGUGCGGUCCCGGAACCUCUCCCAGUCUUCGCUCAGGAAGCGGGUGGCCAAGCUGCGCUGGGAGCUCAGCAGCUGGGCUGAGAAUAACUUUAAAUAGUAUUAAUCUUCAAGAAUAUGAAGAGGGUGUGUGUGUGUGUGUCGGUGUGUUUAUCUUACUUUUUUAAAAUAGUGUUUUUUGUAUUCUACUCAAUAAGUUUGUGUUUAAAAAAAUGCACACUAAUUUUUGUAACGUCUCAGUGAAACUACAUGGAUUUU